GCAAUUUCAAAUUAUCUUUAUGUGUUGUUUAAAUAUAAUAAUGAGUGUUAUUUUUGUUGUAUUUUUGUGUGAAAAUUCAUGUAAAUUUUAUGAAUGGUUUUCUGUGUUUAAAUUCAUGUAGUUUUUAUGUAUGUUUUUUUUUUUUUUUUGUGUAAAAAUUAAUAUAUUUUUGUAAGUUUUGUAGUGACUUCUGAUCUUUCUUGGUGUUAUAUAUUUGUUGAUUAAUUAUUUUUAUGAUGUUUGUUGUAUGACAAUAUUCUGUAAUUAUGUUUGUUAAUUUAAAUGUUCACUUUUUAUUGUCUUUGAUUUUCACUUGUCACUGGCGACCACUUUAAACUUUCGCGGGCGCGAUUUCAAGACGAACUGUGUCGAUGCCUAAUUUGCAUCAGUUUAGCAACCAAAUUUGCAAAUCAAUUUGUUGCUUAUUUACUUCCAGUCAGUUGGAAGUUACCGGUGACUGCGUAUUUGUAUUGGUGCAACAUAUAUUUACAGCCUGUUCCACGAUCUCGAAAGAAAAUGUGUGCGAACGAAGGCUACUCACUCACUUUCGUAUAAGAAUGCGCUCCACUAACUUUCGUUCUUUCUUUCGCAUAGCCUUACAUGAUUCAGUGUUGCUAAAUAUUUUUUGGAAAAAUUAAUCGCGAAAUAAGGCAAAAAAGCGCCAAAUGUCUAAUUUAAACGCGAAAAAGCAGCAGUGGCUCUGUCUCAACUGACAGUUCAGUUGUAAACAAACAAAUUGUAAAUAAACAAACAAAAUAAAAUUUCUAGUGAUUGUGUUCAAACUAUUUGUGUUCUUAAAAAAUAAAAAAAUUAAUAUUUCUUUAGCCCUAUUUUUUAUGGAUGAUGUGAAGGAGGUUCAAAAUGUGCCACGGAGGCAUUUAAGAGAUGCUUCGAAUUUAUUUGAAGUACCUAACAACCAGUUUGUGGCCAAUUUUCGUGUGUCGAAGGAAGUUUUUCGGGCUCUUUUGGAUAUGAUGGAAGAGAAGUGGGAGCCCGGUUGCAGUACUACCCAAAUCCACACCGAUUUAAAACUUGGCACAUUCUUGCGGUUUUUGGCGACAGGAAGCUACCAACAGAAUUUAGGGAACGAAGCCUUGACUUCAACAGCGAAGUCGACAGUGAGCAGAACCAUUGCGGAAUGUCUGCAGAUUUUUGAGGACAACAUUUGCGGCCAAUGGAUAAAAAAGCCGACACUCACAGAAGAACGCAACACAAUUGAGGCUUUCUAUGAAAGAACAAUGUUCCCUGGAAUUGUUGGAUGCGUUGAUGGCACGCAUAUCCGCAUCAAGUCACCAGGGGACGAAUUGAAAGCCCUUUACUAUAAUAGAAAGGAUUAUUAUAGUAUAAAUGCAAUGGUGAUAUGUGACCAUAAAAUGCGAAUAACAUUUGUCGACGCUAGACAUCCCGAAAGUAACCAUGAUGCAUUUGUAUGGGAAAGGAGUGGUCCAGACAAAUGUAUGCAAAGGGAGUUUUACAAUGGAAAACGAAAAUUUUGGAUUCUCGGGGAUGGAGGAUACAAAUUGAAGCCCUUUCUCAUGACGCCUUACCGCAGCCCUAGAGAUGCCGCAGAGAAAAAACUCAAUAAGAGGCAUGCAAGUUCGCGUAACGUCAUUGAAAAGUGCUUUGGGGUCCUAAAGAACAGAUUCCGAUGUAUCAUCGGAUCUCGGGGCCUUCAUUAUGACGCUGCAAAGGUAGUGCAAAUUAUAAAUGCAUGUUGUGCGCUGAACAACAUGUGCAUACAAUACCGAUCUGAUGAACCGCCAGGUGAUGUUAUUGAUGAUGAUCUGGAAGACGAAGUGGAUGAUAAUAAUGAUCUUGAAAGCAGAGCUGACGCAAUAAAGAGAAAAAUUGCAAUAAAUUUGUAA